AUGGGAGUGCUUCGGCGAAUCAAAACCUCUCAGCAAAGAUCUAGCGAUGGGAAUGAGAAUGAAAACACUCUCCCGCGGAUUGGAGAUGGAGUGGAGGAGCCGGUGACACCGGCGGGGCGAUUGUUCCUCCAGCCGGAUUUCUACUUGACGGCCCAGUGCAUUCUUGGAUUCCAGAACCCAAUCGAUCUCCCGGCGCUCAAGAGCGAGCUCUCCAACACACUGGCAAAACACCCACGAUUCUCCAGCCUCAUGAGGCUAAACGCUAGAGGGAGGGAGAUCUGGGUGAGAACCCACGUAAACAUCGACGAUCACAUCAUCGUGGCGGACCUCUCGCGCUUCCCGCGCGAUUCGCCCACGAUCGUGGAGGACUACACCGCCGAGCUCAGCGCCGCUCGCCUGGAUGCCAGCAAGCCUCUGUGGGAGGUCCACGUCCUGGCGAUGGAUGAUGAUCGCCCACAAAUCUCUCUUCGUGGUGGCGCGAGAGGUGUUUGUAUCCUCGUCUUCCAUCACGCACUCGGCGAUGGAACCUCGCUCAUGUCGCUCUUCCUGGCAUCUACACGGCAGCUGGAGAAUCCCGCGAUGCUGCCCACGAUUCCCAGGCCAGCGCCGGCGCCACAGAAUGAUCUUCAUCCACUGGCGUGGAUUUGGAGGUCUCUCGUGCCGCGGCUCUGGAGGCUCGUGCUCGUGGCAUGGUUCUCUAUCACGGAGAUUGUCAAGUUUCUGUGUAUGCAGGCGUGGGUCAAGGACAGCCGUUCAUGCCUGCGAGGCUAUCGCGGGGCCGAGAACGAGCCAAGUCGGCUCGCCAUCGCCGACCUCAAGCUCGACGAUGUCAAGCGCGUCAAGAAUGCCGCCAAUGCGACGGUGAACGAUGUGCUACUCGCGAUUGUCUCGAUUGCUCUCCAGAAGUAUCUCACGCAUCACGCUCAAACUGGCAGUGACAAUGGCAAUCACUCAAAAUGGUUGAAGAGCCUCUCGAUCCGGGCGCUAGUGAUGGUCAACACCAGACCUUCCCCAGGUUUGCAAGAAGUAAACGAGAUGAUGAACACCAGGUCGAAGGCAAGAUGGGGCAAUAGCCUGGGUUACAUGCUCGUUCCCCUCUCGGUCAAUAAGGUCAACGCACCUACACACCCGUCACUCGAGCACGUCCACCACGCAAAAUCUAUUUCCACCCGGAAGAAGCUCUCUUACGAGGCCAAGCUCACGUACUCUGGAGGGGUUUUGUUGAUCCAUCUCCUCGGAAUCAAGGGCGGGCGAGACAUGACAUACAGGGCCGCGCUCCACACCACCCUCACAAUCUCCAACAUUGUUGGCCCUGUGGAGACCGUAACGUUCGCUGGAAAUCCUCUCCUUUACAUCAUCCCCACGAGCUCGGGCCUUCCACAGGGGCUGCUGGUCCACAUGACAAGCUACGCGAAUGACGUGAGGAUCGCGGUCAUGGCGAAGGAGAAGAUCGUCCCUGACGUGAGCUUCCUGAGGGAUAGCGUCUACGCUGCCAUGGACACACUGUUACGAGACACUACUUAAAUCUAUCAAGCCCUUGACAAGGGGAUAUUCUGUGACCAAAACAAUCCAUUGACGACAGCGCACGCUUCUAAAUA